GCGGAAGUGCGACCGAACAGCGCGAACAAGAUGGUGGCCACCAGAAGAGGAGUACGCGUGUGCUCCCCAACUAAAACAAACUCCGAUGAAUCCUCUGGAGUUAUGACCACUCGGAGAACUAGGAGGACAGCUGAUAAAGAGGAGACUGCAACCCAGUCUGAGGUGACCAGUGACUCCCAGCAAGAUGUUCCCUCCAAGGCCCAGAGCUCCACCGUGAAGAGGAAGACCAGGGCAUCUAAACGUGAAACUGGCUCUGCUAACCAGGUAGACUCCACCCAUGAAGCUGAUGUGUCCGAGUCAGAGUCCUGCUGUUCUGCUAUAUCAGAUAUGGAGGCUAUCCCCGACACACAGCCAGCUCGCAGGGGCCGAAGGAGAGCCGCAGGCGGGGAGCAGUCUGACUCCACAAAGGAAGAGGCUGUGUCUGAGGUAGACUCUUGUUCAUUGUCUGCCUCCAGAAGACCAAACACUCGCAGAGCCACCAGGAGUCUGAGGAAGGCUGUUCUCACAGACUCUGCCAAAAUGGACAAUGAUGUUUCAGAGGCAGAGUCCUGCAGCUCUGUGGUGUCUGAUUCCAAGGUGCCUGACUCGCAGACCAGAGUGACCAGAAGGACUGCUGUGUCCAGCAGCCGGGCCUCUUUAAAGUCUCACACCGAGGACACAGAGCUUUCUGAUCCUGAGUCCUGUGCCUCAGGUAUCUCUGGAGCUCAGACCUCCACGGUGCACAGAGUUACCAGAUGCAGGAGUGGAAGGUUUGUUGAAGCUAUCCCCAUGCAUUUGGAGGAAACCACUGAUGGCUCCAUCUCUCCUCUACCCCGUAGGAGAAGCAGAGUUGUAUGUAAAGGAUAUCCCUGUGACCCCCAGAGUCCCCAGGACUCCGAGAGCUUUGAGUCUGGGCCAAGCAUUACUCCCAGGAGGUCCACUCGCAGGAGGACUGAGCCGAAACAGACAGGCACCACUGUUACAGACUCUGAGUCUGACCUGCCUGAUGUGAAUACCCCUCUGGGGAGCCCUAGGUCGGUGAGAGGCAGGGGCACUCCUUGCAGUAGUCGCACUGGAUCCAACAGCAGUUCCAGGGCAGCACCAGUUACCCGGCUGACAGCCAAGGCCCUGGAUAUACUAGUUGAGAAAGCCCAAUGCCAGUCAGAUAAGGUGAGUGUAUCUGAGGUUGCUGAGGAAAGUGAAGUGUUGGAGGACAAUAAGUUAGACGACACAGUCUACGCUGAUCCAGACUGCUCCAUGAUAGAAGAAGUGGCAGAAGAAGAUAAGACACUAACCCUUGAGGAUGUAGUGAUCGCUGAACCAGCAGCGCCCAUCCAAGAUGCAGCACCUGCUCGGGAGCAUACAGGGAGUGUGACAGUCUCUGAGGAUGCAGAGAUGCCAGAGGUCACGAGUGUACAACAGGAGUCAGCCGAGACAACCGUCAGUGAAGACCCAGAGAAGAAUACCUCUGUGGUGGAUAUCCCUGCUCAGGAAAACAUCCUACAGGAGAAGCUGAUCCCAGCUGAUUCUGAAGUCAAAGUGACCCUCUGUGAGAGUGCUGAUACAGAGAUGGCUGAGGCAGUCUGUGAGCUUGCAGUGGAAGCAGAAGACCAGCAGAGGGAGCUGUCCACUGAGGAUGCAGCAGAUACGGAUGUCCCAGUGAUAACAGAACAGGAGACGAUAAUGCCAGCUGAUUCACAAGUCUCUCUUGAGAAAACAGUAAAAGUAGCAGCGUGUGAAAAUGCAGUGUCCCCUGUUAUAGUGGUGUCUGAUGAGGACGAGGAGGAAAAGGCCAUGGAUGUGGAUGUAAACACCCACACAAAUCCUCCAUCGGAGGUAGAGAACCAGGAAUGUAAGGCAGUGCCUAGUGAGGAGGGUAUGGAUGUCAGCAGCACACUAGUAACUGAGAAUAAAAAGGCUGACCAAGAUAAAUCCCCUCACACCACAGAGCCCAUUAAGGUGACCUCCAGCCAGAACCUGAAGGUCAGUGUGUCUGAUGCUGACAAGCUAGGGGAGCCCAGAGACUGUGUCAUCGUACAGAAAUCUGGCGUGAUCAGUCUGCUGGAGAGCAGUGAGGAUGAAGAGGAUGACGACAACAGUCAGCAUUCUGAGGAAGCAGAUGAGAGGAAAAGACAGGGUUCUGAUGGUGAAGAGGAAGCUGUCUGUAUAGAGGAGGAGGCAGGCCCAUCCAGACCCCAAGCUGCUGCUCAGUCCUCAGCUGAUGAUGGCUUGUUUGUCAUAGACACCCGGCCUGGCCUUCAGUCAGGUCAACAGUACUACGUGGAUGACAAGGAAAAGGAGGGGGGAGACACGGAGGCUGAAGAAGAGCAAGAUGAGGAAGAGUUUGUUGAUGAAGAGGGAGAUGAUGAUGAUGAUGAUGAAGAUGAACAAGUCCUCUUCACAAGCAGAAAUCCACAAUUGAAAGAGUUGUCCAGCCGUAUUGACCCGGGCCUGAAAGUGAAGGAGCUUGGGGGAUUAUACAUCAAUUUUGAUGGCAGCAAAUCAAAGACUGUCUCUAACUCCCUGAAGGAACAGAAGAGCCAAGAUGAGUUGAUGAAGAAGAGUGUUAUUGGCCCAGAGUUUGAGAAGAGAGAUGCUGUGCCUCCAUACAGGGAGUCCAAACAGGCUGCGAAACUGAAGCGCAAAGAGGAGCGGGACAAAACAACUGGAGCCGGCUGGUUUAACAUGAGGGCUCCUGAAAUGACAGAGGAAUUAAAGGGUGACCUCAAAGCACUGAAAAUGCGUGGAGCAAUGGACCCCAAGCGGUUUUAUAAGAAGAAUGAUAGAGAUGGAUUCCCCAAGUACUUCCAGGUUGCUACAGUAGUAGAUAGCCCUGUGGACUUCUACCAUUCCCGUGUCCCGAAGAAAGACAGGAAGAGAACCAUGGUGGAGGAGUUGCUUGCUGAUGCCGAGUUCAGACACAAUAACAAGAAGAAAUACCAACAGAUCAUGACAGAAAAAGCAGCCAUUGGUGCUGGCAAGAAGAAUAGGAAGAACAAUAAGUUCAGAAAGUAACAGUAACUUUGAGUGAUGUAAUACACAAUGCAAUCAUAUGUCUGUAUUGAGACCAUAAUAUGUUAACGUCUGAAUCAAAGCCUAUUAAUUAAACACAUACCAUUUACAGUGGCUUUAUGGAGCUAAAGGUCUUUAUAAAUUUUUCACGUAACAUGAACAAACUGUAUAAAGAGAUUUUUACUUUGUAGUUUAAAGGUUCACAUUAGUAGCUAUUAACAAAAAACAUAGAUUUAUACAGUAUUUAUGCAUAGCCUAUGCUAUACUGGCUCUGAAUUUCCCCAUUCGUAUACUUGCGUAAAACAUACUUAUUUUCCCUGACAAAUAUCCAUUUUUAAAGUCAAAUUACUAAAAUACUACAGGAUAAAACUAACGGGACACCUAUUUCAAGCACUAAUAUUGUUGAGAAAAUGUCUAACUCAACUUCACAAUGUUUAAUAAAUCAAGAUCAGUUUGAA